AUGAGCCUGCUGCGCAGCGUGCACGAAGCGAACGUCGACGUGUCGGCCUCGGCGAGCAGUGCCGAAGAUAUCCCCGACGAGGUCGUGCCGCGCCGGCCGCCGCAGUACCUCGUAUUCAGCAGCGCAGGCAAGCUCGUCUACGUGAGUGGCCAGUCGAUGGACGCGGACGGCGACGGAUUCGCCUACUCCCACGCCGGCAUCAUGCAGGCGCUGCUGGCCCUCUUUGCCGGCGAGCAGGACGACGAGCUGCAGUCGAUCGAGAUUACCGACGCGCACGGCCAGGCGACGCAGAUAUCCGUGCUCUCGCACGCCCCCUUGCACGUAACGUGCACGUCGUCGCUGGAUGCCCCGAAAACGCUCGUGCACAGCGAGCUGGCGCGUGUCCACGCGGCGAUCGUGAGCCUCGUGAGCGGGCCACGGCUCGAGCAGCUCUUUGCGACCAAGCCCAACUUUGACCUGCGUGGCCUCCUGGCGCCGAUGCAGGGCUACCUCGACGGAGUCGUGCAGGAUAUGGACGCGUCGCUGACGAUGCCUCUGGCAGCGCUGCCCGUCUUUCCCCUCGACGCGCAGCUCCGGCAGACGAUCGCACAGACGGUCGUGCCGACGCCCGACCUCGGCGACGAUGCGCCCCGCGAGGUGCUCUACGUCUGUGUCCUGCGGCACGACCGCAUCGUGUGCCUUGCGCAUCCGAAGCGCCAUGUACCGCACACCGAGGACCUGGCGCUGCUCCUUGCCAUGGUGCGCCACGGCGGCGCAUGCCCCGGCGCAGAGGACGCAUGGGCGCCAAUGUGCCUGUCGCACGUCGCCCCCCAUGGCUUUGUCUUUGUCUAUGCGAGCCAGCUUGGCGACGGUGCUUCGACCUUUGUCCUGGUCACCGGCGACCGCGACGGCUUUGCGCGCGGCCGUGCGUGGCGCAGGUCGUUUGAGAGUGCCAUCGCGAGCGGGUGCCUCGCGACGCUGCACGCGACGCCGCUCGCGGACUCUGCCGACGCGCUCGGCAUCACCGGCCUGCGGCACUAUCUCUUUGUGUCGCGGCGGCACGCACAGUGUGCGUACGUCGCACCGCCCUAUACCUCGCGCGCGUCGAACGCGCGCCUCUUUCGGCUGUACGGCCACGCGCUCGCUGCGAUGCGGGGCGACGUUGCAGCCGACGAGCACGCGGUGCUGGCCGCAGGCGACGCACGCCUCCCCCAGAGCCGCCCCCUGCGUCUGCAGCACUACCGCACGGCCCAGGAGGCGGUGCUUGGCUGGCGCACGACCUCCUUUUCCCUCGUCGUUGCCGUGAGCCCCCCGUGGCUGUCGAAAGCCGCGGUGGCAUCGGCCGCGAACAAGGUCGCGGCGUACGUGCGGCGUGCGGAAAAGACACUCUUUGCGCCGGCCUAUACGUUCUAA